AUGGCUGCUCGAGCUUUCAACGUCGGCAUUGUUGGCUAUGGUUCCUCGGCCAAGUUAUUCCAUAUCCCGUUUCUCACGCAGCUGCCUCAAUUUAGGCUCUACGGCAUUGUCCAGCGGUCGCCAAAACCCGGGAACUCCGCCCCCGCCGACUGCCCCAACAUUAAGCACUACACUCACUACAAAGACCUUCUUGCCGACCCGGCCGUUGAUCUGGUCGUUGUAGGCACACCUCCAGAUAAUCAUUUCGAGUUGACGAAAGCAAGCUUGGAAGCAGGCAAGCAUGUCCUCACAGAGAAGCCGUUUGUGCCGACUUCGGCUGCCGCCAACGAGCUCAUCUCCAUUGCAAAGUUGCAGAACCGUCUUCUCUGUGUGUACCAGAACAGACGUUGGGACUCCGACUUUCUCACAAUAAAGGAUCUCGUAGCCAAGGGAACUUUGGGUCGCAUUCUACAAUAUGAUAGCCACUUCGCACGCUACAACCUUGAGCCCCCCAGUAAUUGGUCGGCCGGCCUGCCGAUUGAAAAGGGAGGCAGCAUGGUAUUUGAUCUCGGAAGCCACCUAAUUGAUCAAGCAUAUGUACUCUUCGGCAUGCCACAAAUUGUUCAUGGCAGGCUGCUGUCUCAGCGUAACGGCGGAUUUGACUUCCAGACACCAGACAGCAUCGCCGUAGAACUCACAUACCCCGAUGGCUUGCUCGUCAACAUUCGUACUAGCGUUUUGAGCGCCGAGGUCGUGCAGCCUAGGUUCUGUUUUCGCGGCACAAAGGGGAGUUUCCAGAAGUGGACGCUUGAUCCCCAGGAGGAUCAGUUGAUAGCUGGAAUGAAGGCGACGGAUCCUGGCUUCGGGAGAGAUAAUCCCAAGGACCUGAAGCUCAUACUUGUGGACGAAAACAAUAUUCCUGGAGAGGCUCCAGCCCCUGAAAACGAGCCAGUCACUUACGGGGCUUUUUAUGUGGAACUGGCCAAGGCCCUCGCAAGUGGCGAGGAUAAGGAUGUCCCUGUGAGAGCAACUCAGGCCAGAGAUGUUUUACGAUUGAUCGAGGCUGUCAUUGAGAGCGCGAAGACGAAUAGGGAUGUAGUGAUUGUAUGA